AUGAGACACUCUUUACUAAGAGAACAGACAGUAAAUUUAUUAUUUGGAUUAUCAAUUAUGUUUUUAAUAGUUAGUAGUGUAAGAACUUUGUUAUUCUUUAAUUCUUCUGAGACUUCUGUUAUAGGAUAUUAUACUGGUAUACUACUUACCAUUGUUUUAAUAGGGCUUACUGUUGACUUUGUUUUGGGUGUAUUAGGAUUAUUUAUUUGUAUGUCUUUAAAUAAUUUCUUAACAAGAUCUUUACCUAAUCUUAUUGGUGCUUAUCAAAGAAUUAGAGGAUCAGCUUAUGUUUUAUUUUUUAAUAUUAUUAUCUGUAGAUGUGCUGAUGUUUACACUUUUUUAUUUCGUUACUCAAAAGAUAAUAUAUUUAAAAAUAAGCUUUUUUAUUAUUUAUUGUUGAUAUUUAUGGCUGAAUUAUCUGUUUUGUUUUCUUCGUGGUUAUUACAUCCGGAUUUAUUUGGUUUGAGAUUUAAAAAAUAUGUAAAUCAAUUUAUCAAAAAUAAAAGAAGAACAACUAAUAUUGUUUAA